AUGCUCUGGGUCACAGCCCUGAGUCUUCGAGACAUACCAGUCCAUCGCGAGAUCACAAUCCGCGGAAACGCGUGCGACAAUGAAUAUCCAACCUGCUCAAACUGUCAGAAAGCGGGAGUCCAGUGCGACAAGUCUAGCGUGCGGGAAGACAAGGACCGUCUAAAUGAUUACACACGAGUGUUAGAAGAGCGCGUGGCCUUUCUUGAGCGUCGACUCACUCAGUCAGACACAGAUCAGAAUGCUCGAAAUGCCACACGAUCGCUGUUCACUCCCCAAGGCCAUGCAACGCCACAGACAGCCACUUCAGGCCUUGAAAACAACCCUGUCGGGGAUAUUGUGGGAUUGUUAGCAUUGAGUUCCUCAGAAGCCCCUGCAUACGUAGGAGCCAGCUCUGGUCUUUCUCUGGCUGCCAACCUGGGAGAGAUGGUCCAAACCAGUGUAUGGAACCAAUUUAUCUCGAAAAUGCGACAACAGCAGAACAACAGCCUUGUCAACAAUUCUCGAAAUACGAAAGGUCGAGUACACGGACCAUCAGAGCAGCCCAGUGCUCCUCGAAUUCAAGAUCGGAAUACGAGGGUGGAUGACCUUUUGCCAGCCAAUGUUGAACCGCCAACUGAUGAGAUGGGCGCCAGAAUCCUCGAUACCUAUUUCACACGGCUUCAUUCUCGAUAUCCUUUCCUUAAUCAAAAACAAGUGUGGCAGAUUCAUGAGGAUCGAUGGCGAUUAUCCAAGACCAAGCGAGAGGAUCUUACAAUGGCUGAUCGAUUCGCGAUAUUCAAACUCAACAUAGUUUACGCAAUCGGUGCAACUAUGCUUCAGCUGAGUGAGAAAUAUGCAUACACUUCACCGGAGCGAUUCUAUACCGCUGCUUUACAGCAUGUCCCCACGAUGUGUGAAGCGCGGUCCAUUGAAAACAUCGAAGCCAUGGUUCUCCUCGUUGUAUAUCAUCUGCGAACAGCAUCUAGUCAUGGCAUGUGGUACAUGAUCGGACUUGCCAUGCGUACUGCUAUUGACCUUGGCCUCCAUCGCAAGGCAAAUGAAAGCAACAUGGAUCCGUUCACCACCCAAAUGCGACGAAGGCUCUUUUGGACGGUGUACUAUUUGGAGCGAGUUGUAUCCAUGUCCCUCGGUCGCCCAUUUAGCAUAUCCGACCGUCACAUUGACCUUGAUCUGCCACUGGACGUGGACGACGACAUUCAAGACCCGGCGCUUCUCACAGCACCCCAAGACCCUAACAAAACAACGUCUCUCACAUUUGCAAUCUAUCUAUUCAAACUCCGUCGGAUCGACUCCCGCAUCCAACACAAGAUCUACCGCGCCGACAGGCCCCUCUCAUCCCUCCGACCAAAAAUGGACCCCCUCUACCUCGAACUCGAACAAUGGAAAGAAUCUGCUCUCCUAAGAUUCACCGGCCCAGACCUGGACUACCCAAUGCUCCAUUACAACCGCGCCGUCCGCCUCCUCAUCCAACCCUUCCUCCCACUCCUCCCAAUAACAGACCCAUACUACCAAAUCUGCCUCCUGGCAGCAGGAAAUAUCUGCCAAUCGCAUAAACGCCUCCACCAAACCCUUGAAUACGGCCACUCCUUCCUAGCCGUCCAAACCGUUUUCAUGGCGGGUAUAACCCUACUCUACGCGCUAUGGACGCACACUGACCAAGUCUGGUCCGUCCGAAUGAGCAACGACAUCCGCGCCUGCUCAACAGUCCUCUUCGUAAUGGGCGAGCGCGCAGCAUGGGUCAAGAAAUACCGCGAUGCAUUCGAACUCCUCGUCAACGCAGCAAUGGAGAAAUUACAAGGCAACGAGACUGCCCGGAACGCCGGAAUGGCGGAGCUGAUGACUGCCCAGUAUGGCGUUAAUUGGAGUACGAAUCCCACUGCGCCGGGAAUGUCAGGGAGCGAAAAGUUCCCGCCUGUUAAUCCCACUGGCUUGGCGCCGGAUUCUGGGGUGCCGCUGGCGCAGGCGGCGCCUGUGGAUGAAUCGGAGCAUGCGGUUAGAAUGGCGUUGCAAUUGGCGCCUUGGAUUGAUCAGGAUGAGAAUGAUCCGCUUUGGAUGCCGGAUUUUGAGACGUUGGAGAAUUCUUCGGGGACGUUUUGGAGUCAUGCGGAUACUAGGCUUUUUGAUGCUCUGUAA